AUGCCAAAUUUCAUAGAAGCUUUAACUGGAAUCACCGUAUUCAUGGUAACAGCGAUGAAAAUUCUCCUUCCAUGGCUUCAGCAGGAACGAAUGCGUCACAUCAUUCAGUCGGCGAUGGAAGAUUGGUCAAACGUUUACGAUAAAAGAUCACGACAAAUAAUGAGCCAGUACGCUUUUUUGGGACGUUCAGCUUACAUUAUUCAAAUGAUUGCUGCAUUUUUAAUUGUAUUGGAAAUGACACUGUCCCGGUCACCGAAUUUCACUGUUGAAGAAUAUAAAAACGAUAGUUCCUCAACGCGAAAUAUCAUUUUAGGACCUGCAUGCUGGAUCACCACUGCGAUGCCUAUGAGUUUGUAUUUGGUGCGAUAUUAUAUAAUUCUCAUUGGUUUAUGGUGUGCUGCACUCAUAUAUGCCGGAUGUGAUGCAUUCAUGUUUAACAUUGCGUUGCAUAUUUGUGGUCAGUUUGAAAUACUGAAUGCGAGUGUGGAAGGUGUCAAGUAUGAAGACAGUUUUAUGAACCAGAGGCGUACAAUCAACAAUUACGCGAAACGCCAUAAUGAAUUAUUGGUACUGGGUCAUCAGCUCAAUGAUAUACUCAAUGUCAUCAUUUUUUCUGAGCUCCUCAGCAAUGGCUUCCUUAUUUGCAUUUCAGGAAUUGCAAUUCUUGCCAACAUUAAAAAAGGUCAUGUGGAUAAUGAUGACAUAAACUUUGGAGUAAGGAUAUAUGUUUGGUACAUGGAGCUCUUUAUGUACACCUAUGUCGGGGAAAAGUUAUCGCAACAAGCGGAGAAAUCGCAAAUGGCAGUUUACAAUUGUCCAUGGUAUAACAUGUCACCACACAUAUCUAAAGACGUUAAGUUCAUUUUAAUGCGUAAUAGUUCCUUCUGUUAUUUGACUGCCGGUGGAAUUUUCGUCAUGAAUUAUGAAGCAUUCAAAGAAAUUACAAGACUCAUGUUCUCCGGAUUUUCUGUUCUUAAACUGGUAUUGGAAUAA